CUUGGUAUAUAUAGUCUGUGAGACUAUCAGCGUUCUCCUGGCAGCCAUCAUGAAGGGUACAGUCUGGAUCUGCUCCUACCUCGCCCUGCUGCUUUUGCAGGCCACAGCAGAAGAGGACGAUUUCAGCUCUGUCCUCAGAGACAGAUCUCACAUCGAUGAGACGCUGCGGCUGGCAAAUGAGGAAAAAGCAGCAGAUUAUGCAGCGGCCAUACAGAGGCUGAGGAAGGUCUACCACACGUCCAUCAAACCAAUGGAGCAGGCCUACAGGUACAAUGAGCUGAGGCAGCACGAGAUCUCAGCAUACCCCGGACGAACCCUGGGGGACUCAGCCACAGAUGGAGAGAUUACCUCCAAACCCAUGGUGCUAUUCCUUGGACCCUGGAGUGUAGGAAAGUCCUCCAUGAUCAAUUACCUCCUAGGCCUGAAUGACAGCCCUUAUCAGCUCUACACAGGAGCUGAGCCCACUACCUCUGAGUUUACCGUUAUCAUGCAUGGGGAGAAGAUUCGCUCCGUUGAGGGUAUUGUGAUGGCAGCAGACAGCUCUCGCUCCUUCUCUCCCCUGGAAAAGUUUGGCCAAAACUUCCUAGAGAAACUAAUUGGGAUUGAGAUGCCCCACAAGCUGCUGGAACGGGUGACUUUUGUGGACACACCGGGAAUCAUUGAGAACCGAAAGCAGCAGGAAAGAGGAUACCCCUUCAACGAUGUUUGCCAGUGGUUUAUUGACCGUGCAGAUCUGAUCUUUGUGGUGUUUGACCCCACCAAGCUGGAUGUUGGUCUAGAGCUGGAGAUGCUCUUCCGCCAGCUGAAAGGUCGUGAGUCCCAGAUCCGUAUCAUCCUAAACAAGGCUGACAACCUGGCCACCCAGGACCUAAUGAGAGUCUAUGGAGCUCUCUUUUGGAGCUUGGCGCCCCUCAUUAAUGUUACAGAGCCUCCCAGAGUCUACGUCAGCUCCUUCUGGCCAUACGAUUACGCACCCGACACCAGCCGUGAGCUCUUCAAGCGAGAGGAAAUCUCCCUCCUGGAAGACCUCAACCAGGUGAUUGAGAAUCGUAUGGAGAACAAGAUCGCUUUCAUCCGCCAGCACGCCAUCCGUGUACGCAUCCAUGCCCUGUUGGUGGACCGCUACGUCCAGACCUUCAAAGAUAAGAUGAGCUUUUUCAGUGACCCUGAGCUAGUCUUCCAGGAGAUCGUUGAUGACCCAGAUAAGUACUACAUUUUCAAAUCCAUCCUGGCCAAGACCAACGUCAGCAAGUUCGACCUGCCCAACCGAGAUGCUUACCGUGACUUCUUUGGAAUCAACCCAAUCACCAACUUCAAGCCCCUGACGGCUCAGUGCUCCUACAUCGGGGGCUGCCUCUUGGAUAAGAUUGAGAAGGCGAUAACCAAUGAACUGCCCGCACUUCUGAGCAGCAUCAACUCUGGCAAGCAGCCUGGUCUGUCAUCCUGCGAGUUAACCGGCUGUGGGGAGAAGCCAAAGAAUCGUUACAGAAAGAACUGAGGACUAAAUCGUAACUUAUGAGGAGGAAGUGAGGAGUAAAGGGAGGUGAAGAGAGGGGUUCUGGUGGGAGCCAACCCUGCUUCUGUUAGGACGUUUAUAUCGCUAGGGAGACAGAAAUGAGUUUUUUUUUCUCAGGAGAAUGAGGGAAGUUCGUUUGGGGACUUUGAGAACAUUACAGAUUCUAAAUAGGGCAGCUUAAGGGCAAAAGAGAAGCGAACGAGCCACUGUUCAGAGUUUUAUUAGGACACACACCCUCGUCUCUCCUUGCACAAUCACACUGGACUGUCUCGGACUGUGAGACCGAAGUACUGCCGAUGUGAAGAAAAUUGAAAUAGCUGCAAACUAGUAAAAUGAAAGCAGACACCAGCUCUCCUGUCUGUGAACAAAACAAGGCAGAAAUCUGUGUUGUAAAUCCUAAAAUGUAUUCUCAGCAGGUUAAUUCCAAAAGCCUCAGAAGUUUUUAAGGAGUCUUUUUGUGGGUGCUAAAAAAGCCUUUAAGUUGGACUGAUCCUCCAAACCUUUUGCUUUUGAACUAGAUUGCCUUCUGCAUGUUAGAUAUCACAUUUAUGUAAACAGUUGCAUGGGUUUUUAUUCUGACACGAACAAGAAAGAAAAUCCUGUCAUUUCCUUUCUGUGACACCUCAACCAGUCCUGCCAUUUGUUUUUUUAUGAUUAUUAUUAUUAUUAGUCUUGGUUGGUUGGUUUUCACCAACCUGUGAAACAAGUGGAGGUCUGGGGUUAAGGGUAAGAAUCUUCAGAAAAAGGAGGAUGAAUUCAUUCUUCUUUACUUCUUCACCAUUCUUGUGUUUGAGUCCAUAAGUUUGCCCGUCGUUGGCAUAAAUUCAAAACUGUGUUAAAAGUAUUUUCUCGUUAGUUUGUUUCUUUCCUAAGAAGCUUCCAAACGAUAUACCUUUUCCAGAUGAGUGACCAUGAAAGAACCUGGAAGAAUUGACUGCUGCCUUUGUACAAUCACUCUGUCAUUUCAUCUGUCGAUUAAAAUGUUUGUUUCUUUGUGUAACGCUACAAAUAGUAUUGAACUGUGCAGACGAACAGCAGACCAGGAACUGUCUCUGCAACACGAAAAUGGAUCUCAAUCACUAUGAAUGGCAUAAGCUGAUAAAAGAGGACCCAUGAGUUGAUCCCUGACCUCAACAUAAACACUGUAUCCCUCAAAGUAUUACUGUUCUCAUCUCAAAUAUUGACAAAGAACACUCAUAAAGCAGCAAAUGUUCAUCUGACGUACUGCAAAAGAGUAUAAAGUAUGGCGAAGAAACAAGUUUUAGAUAUCUUUAUGCAAUAUGCUGAGAUACACUUAUCCUACGGUUUAUCAAGUAAUCUAUAAAACACCAGGUUCUACUUUUCUAAAAAGCAGGUUGGAAGCAUGCACACUCAUACAUUUCCUGGUAACGCGUUUCCUCACGGCUUUCAUGUAUUAAUUGAGACAAGAGGCUCCACUCUGUGUGUGUGUGUGUGUGUGUGUGUGUGUGUGUGUGUGUGUGUGUGUGUGUGUGUGUGUGUGUGUGUGUGUGUGUGUGUGUGUGUGUGUGUGUGUGUGUGUGUGUGUGUGUGUGUGUGUGUGUGUGUGUGAACGCAGACCCUGAACAUGACCACUAGAUGAUGCUGUGCUAAAGAGAAGAAUAUGAAGAGCUCAACAUUUCAACAGAUCGGAUUUUCUAUGAUGGCUGGGGUUCCUGAUGUUAGGUGGUUCUGUGUUUUUAAAUCAGUCUACCUUCCUUCACCUAUCACAGAAUGAGUGUGUCCUUUUAGAAUAUCUACUGAUUCACCUUUUUGAAUGACUUUGGCCCCGUUUUUGGAUCUUUAAUGGAAAACAAAUAAAGAUUUCUGAUAGAAUGA